AUGGAAGCUACUUUUGUAGUAAUUGGAGGUGGUAUUGCUGGAGUAUCUUGUGCUGAAAGUAUAGCUUUUCUAGCUCCAGAAGAAAAUGUAAUUUUAAUAUCAGCUAGUCCACUGAUAAAAGCAGCUACAAAUAUAAUUGCAUUUGGAAAAACCCUAACACAGUUUGAUGUAGAAGAGCGCUCCACUAAUUCUUUAACUGAAGUAUUUUCAUCAGUAAUGGUUUUCAACGAUAUUGUAACAAAAGUUGAUAAAAGUAGCAAAACUGUUUUCACGGAAAAUGGAAAAAUAAUAUCUUAUAAAAAAUUAUGUAUUUGUACUGGAGCUAGACCAAAGCUCAUUUGUGAAAAUAAUAGUAGAGUCAUUGGAAUUCGUGACACAGAAUCAGUAGAAACUUUUGUUGAAAAAUUGAAAGGCUCGAAAAGGAUUAUAGUUGUAGGUAAUGGUGGUAUUGCUACUGAGCUGGUUCAUGAAUUAAAUGGUAUUGAUGUAGUUUGGGUCAUAAAAGAUAAACACAUUUCAGCGACGUUUAUUGAUCCAGGAGCAGCAGAAUUUUUUCAAGAAAGGUUACUGAAAAAGGAAAAUGAUACUGAUAACCAACCUGUGAAGCGCAUGAAAUAUACAAUUACAAAUGAUAACUCUAUAAAGGGAGGACCAGCACUAGGACCUGAUUGGCAUGAUAAUUUUAAAUUUAAAAAAGGCAAUGCUUUAUCAACUGUUCAAGUAGAGUAUGAAUCUGAAAUAGUUAAAAUUAUGGAUACUUUAGAAACAUCUGACCAAGAAAAUGAAAAUUGGCCUGUGUAUGCUCAAUUAACUACUGGUAAAAUAAUUGGAUGUGAUCUUAUUGUUUCUGCAACUGGUGUUGUACCAAACAGUAAUAUGAUUGGAUUGGAAAGCUUGAAUCAAGAUAAAGAUGGAGGAUAUAUUGUAGACUGGAAAUUAGAAACAUCAGAACCAGAAAUCUUUGCUGCUGGAGAUGUGUGUUCUGUUGGAUGGGAAAUCGCUCCGCGUUGGUUUCAAAUGAGACUUUGGACGCAAGCUCAUCAAAUGGGCAAAUAUGCCGCAAAAAGCAUGGUUUCUACAUUAAAGAAGGAGGAAUUUUUCCAAGACUUUUGUUUUGAGCUGUUUACGCAUGUCACCAAGUUUUUUGGCUAUAAAGUUGUGUUACUCGGUUUGUACAAUGGACAGAAGUUAGAAAAAGAUUAUGAGAUUUUAUUAAGAGUCACCAAAGGACAAGAAUAUGUCAAACUUGUAGUCAAGAAUGGAAAAAUGCAAGGCGCAGUUCUUAUUGGUGAAACAGACUUAGAGGAAAUGUGUGAAAAUUUAAUAUUAAAUCAGUUAGAUAUAAGUAUGUAUGGUGAGGAUUUGCUGAACCCAGAUAUAGACAUUGAAGAUUAUUUUGAUUGAUUCAGCAUACUCACUAAUUUUGUAAAAUGAAUCUUUACAUUUUACGCAAUAAAAAUCAAUAAGUAGUAUAUUCGACAAAAUCAAUCUUACAUUUGUGCUUAAAUUUUGGAAUCAAUUUUUUUACUCAUUGUAUAAAGGUCUAAAAC